AUGGCCCAGGAGACGAACCAGAGCCCGGUGCCCAUGCUCUGUGCCACCGGCUGUGGUUUCUACGGCAACCCUCGAACCAACGGCAUGUGCUCCGUGUGCUACAAGGACCACCUGACCCGGCAGCAGAGCAGCGACCGCAUGACCGGGGACCGCAUGGACCGCAUGGGCCCCCUCAGCCCCAUGGGCCCCCUCAGCCCCAUGGGGUCGGGUGCUAGUCCCACCUCAGAGGCCUCGGCCAUCCAGAGACUAGAAGCCAGUCUAGCCAAGGUGGACGCCUCCCCGGCCUCGUCGCCCGACAUGUCCAGAAUCUCAGAUGCUGUCUACAGACAGGAUGCAGCGUCCUCCAGCAGUGAAGAAGGAAAGGGGGACACCCCCAAACCCAAGAAGAACCGAUGCUUCAUGUGCCGCAAACGGGUCGGACUCACAGGGUUCGACUGUCGCUGUGGCAACCUGUUCUGUGGCAUCCACCGGUACUCCGACAAGCACAACUGCCCCUACGACUACAAGGCGGAGGCCGCCGCCAAGAUCCGGAAGGAGAACCCCGUGGUGGUGGCCGACAAGAUCCAGAGAAUAUAG